AAGCGAAUGAAAAUGGAUAAAUGGAUAAUGGCGUAUUGUCGAUUGUCGAUGGAAUGGAGCAAUGGAGAUAAAAGUUCUUGAAAUAUUGAGCCUGUCUGUUUUCUUUUUUGUUAUUUAAAAGUUUUUAAAAAGUUAUUGUUUAUUAAUAUCUAGUUAAACUCACAUUUUAUAAUCAGUCUGAAAUAUACUUCUAGUUUAUUAAUUAUUUCGAGAAUCCCAUAUUCUUCUCACACAAAAAUGGAUUGUUUGGGAAAAGAAGUGACACACAAGAUGAAGAGUGCCAUCAUGGCAAAGCUAAUGGAACUUGGAAUCAAAGCAGAUAUGGAUCUGCUGGAAUACAUAAUGCUGAUGAUCAGCAAUAAACGAACCAAAGCUGGGAUGACCAGAGAUUUGAGUCUCUUCUUAGGCUCCAGUACAGUUCCCUUUGUUACAUGGCUGCAUCAAGUAUUGAGCAAACUACAGGAGGUUACGAUCUCCACACAGGUCAGCCAACCAAAACAAGUGAAGACAGAAAAUGUUCCUAGUGAAAAAGUUCACGAAAGUGCAGAAGCAAAGCUUGCCGACAAUGUGAAAUGCAAGAAACGAGAGAGAACGCCCAGUGCUGAAGAGCACGAGUAUUUGAACAUCCGAGCAGACAUUGAAGCAGAUCCAAUUGAUGAUUUGCAGAGCGUCAUCGAUGAGGGUUCAUCAAAAAUCACACCGCCGACCAAACCUCCCACCGAAAAGAAGGAACCGGAUCGAUCAAUUUCCUCCAAACACGACUCUAGUAAAAUAAAGGACUCACAGAGUUCAAAAGCGUCAAGUAGCUUAGAAAAACAAAAAUCAUCGGAAGAACAAUCGAGAGAUGAAAGUGGUACGAAGAGGAGAAGGAUAUCACCACCGGCAAAAGAACGAGAGAAAGAAUUAAGAGAUGAAAGUGAUACAAAAAAGAGAAGGGUGUCACCACCGCCGUCGAAAGGAAGAGAGAGGGAAUCAUCAAGAGACAAUAGUGAAUUGAGGAGGAAACGAUUAUCGUCACCUUUGUUGAAAGAAAGAGAACGGGAGGUGACAAAGGAUGAUAACGAGAUUAAAAAGAAGAGAAUUUCAUCGCCGGUGAAAGAUGAUGGGGAGAUUAGGAGGGUAAGGUUGUUAUCGCCCGCUAAAGACAAAGAAUCUUUGAAGGAUGAAGGUGCUUUGAGAAAGAGAAGGUUAUCGCCGGUAGAAAAAGAUCGCAGAAUAAAAGACGUAGACAAACGGUUGGGUUCUGAAUCUGGCCGACGGGAAAAAGCUGUCUUUGACGUAAGGGAGUUGUUGAACAAGCGUAAGGCGGAAAAAUCGGCAGUUACCGACGAAAGACGAAGUCGGGAAACUGAGAGACGUCAUAGGAGUCCACCACCGACAAAACGGCCUGCGAGUGAGAGAGAACGCACCAUGGAGAGGGAGCGUGACAGAGAGAGGAUGAGGGAGAGAGUACGUGAGAGAGACAAUGAGAAGCGAAGUGAGAGUCGCGAGUUGUCCAGCGAUAGAAGGAGACCGCCUUCCAAAGUGGUUCGGGUCGAAUCUUUGGUUCAUGAUGUCAGUGAUGCAAGGAGCGGCGGUAGAUCUAAUUUUGCGGACAGAGAUCGGUCGCGGAGUGGCGAGAGAGAGAGGUCGAGGGAGAGAGAGAAAGCGGUGCCCAGCGUGGUGAAGGUGACGCCCCGGCCGGUGAGACCCCCCAAUCAGCAGCCCAGCUCCUGUCUCAUUCUGAAGGCAAUGGCCGAAGCCAACAAGUCACUCGCCAAGCAGGGAGGAGCCGCCGCCUCAGCCACUGUUGUUGCGGAGGACGACGCCAGUGGUGGAUGCAAGAAGAAAACAAGAAUGAGGAAAUCUUCGGCGAAGGACGCGGAUGAAACCGAUUUCAAGAGAUCACAGUUGUCUUUUUCUCUCUCUUCCCUCUCGUCUGUUGAUGACGUGCACCUGGAACUUCAUCAUGAAGAAGGAUCAGAUGAGGAGGAGGAAGAAGAAAGAAACGCGAAAAUCAGUCACGGGAUGGCAGCGAAAGCAUUCAAGGUGGCUUUCAAAUAUGCACGUCAGCAGAAUGCUAGUGAUGAUGAACUGUGUGUUCUAGAGAAGUGGAUGAAAUACUGCAGUAAAAAGAGUUGAUUGUGAAGUGUUCUAGUGCUCGUUUUUUGUUGUUUAAAGUGCUCAAACUAUUGACAUUUUAUUAUAACUAUGUGUAACUUUAUCUAAAUUUGGGAGAGGAAUAGCCCAAGGUUACCUUAUUUUUCUCUCCCUAUCUUUUUUAUGAUGUACUUAUUGUAUGAAUCAAUAAAUAAAUAAUGAUGAUUUAUAAUUGAAUAGAAAGUGAUAACUCAGUUUACGAUUAUACUAUUUAUCCAUAGAGUGCGUUACAAAAUGUAUAAAUUGAUAAUUAUAUUGAAUGUAUUGAAUUUACAAAUUGUAUUUAAACGGGAAGAGUUAACUCAGUAACUUGGAGUAAAGAUUAUCAAAUUAUAUCAGUGUUACUCUAUAAUUCCUGGCUGCGAAAUCGUUUAUGAAAUAAUUAUUUUGUAUCUAUGGUGAUGAAUAAGAUUCGUUACAAAAUUGGAAUGUCUAUGGAAAUUAAUUCUCAAUUAUACUUUUGUUUCCCUCAAAGUAAUUUGAAUUAUGAGGUAAAUCACUGUGAAUAAAUUGGUGAUCAUCGCCAUCUUUAGAAAUACAGUAUUUCAUAAACAUUGUUAGCUCAUGUUUUCUGAAACUGUUAUCUGGUAUAAUUUCUGAAAUAUUUUAGGUGUUAUCUAUUGCAGCCUCUAGUGAGUUUCGAUUGAAUAAUAAAAUGGUAACGGAAACGUUUUUAUUUUUAACUUUCUACUAGGUAUUAUUAUUAUUGAAGAUGAAUUUGAGGAUAUUAUUAAAUCUCUACUUACACUAGCUACCAUUGCUGAUGUUUUUUAGCCUUUCUAGAAAGAAUUUCUCAGCUAUAUUAUCGGUUUUGUCGUAAAGUUACAUUUUCAAAACUUAGGCUAGUAAAAAUAUAAUAUUAUCAUUGUUCGAAAACGCUAUGUAAUCUAGUCUUCAGGUAAAUGUGAAUAUCAAAUACCAAAAAUGUUUCAAUGGGUGUAAAACCUAUCUGAAUGGGGGCAUGGAACGGCCAAGGGAGAACAACACAAACACACACACCUACCUUUGGCAGGUAAAAGGUGCGGGCACAUUAGCAACAUUUUUGUUUCAACUUUUCGGGUGAGGGAUAGAACACAAGCGUUUCCUAUCCACCUAGCACACUGUCAACCUGUGUCGACGACCUAUGCCACUUGUUUCAUUUCCACUAGCCUUAGUUGUUUUUGUUGGUGUUAAUAGAAGUUAUUUAUUGUGAGUUACAUACUGUAACAUACAUUGUAACUGUUGAAUUUUGGAGAAAAUAAAUCUGAUUUGAAUUGAACAAGGUUUGUGACCAUAGAACAAUUUUAGAUAAAAUGUAGAACUAAUUUUAGAAUAUGAUAUUUGAGAUAUUUGAUUUUUUCAUAAUUCUAUUACAUUCUACUUGUCUUACUGAAUCUCAAGAAAUUCUAUUUUUCUCCUAAGACGAAAUUUAAGCUUUAUAUUGUAUUUUUCUCUCCAUUAACCUGCAACGGACAAAUAGUUGGGUUAUCAAUGCUUAACUGCAUUCAUUGAACAAAUUUUUAGAACAUGAAAUUUUAAAUAUUUGAUUUUUUUCUAAUUCUAUUACAUUCUACUUGUUUUUUCUACUGAAUCUCAAGAAAUUUUAUUUUCUCCUAUGACGAAAUUUAAACUUUAUAUCGUAUUUUUAUCUCAGCUGACCUGAAACGGACAAAUAGUUGGGCUAUUAAUGCUUAACUGCAUUCAUCGAACAGAAUAGAGCAAUCACAGUUGACAGUGUGCCAGGUAGAUAUAUCUAAUGCUUGUGUUUUAUUCCUCACCAAAACUUUAUAAGUGUGCCCUCGCCCUUACCUGCCGAAGGGUCUCACGUAUGUAUUGUUUUCCCUUGACCGUUCUUGCCCCCAUUCAGAUAAGGUUUACACUUCAAUCGAUUUCAAAUCCUCAGUCCCCUAGUUAAAAUCAAUUCAAUACAAUAUUUCAUCUAUUUGAUUUUUCGUCAAUGGAGUUAAUAAUAAAAAUAGUUGGAUAUUUAUUGUAUUUGAAAAUUUUCAUUUCAUUAGUACUAAUAAAAGACCCACCGCAAAGUAGACCCACGUUAAUCCACGAAAAGCAACCCACGCCGUGGGAUGUUUUGUAAAUCAUUGCCAUAGAAUUAUUCAUAAUCAAUCAGCUGUCAAGUGGAUUAUUCAUUGCAUGAUUAGUGAAGCCUAACAAUGGUUUACUAAACAUCCCACGGCGUGGGUUGCUUUUCGUGGGUCUACUUUGCGGCGGGCCUUACACUAUUUUCAACUAUCUCCAGAUAGACUGCUCGUUUAUUUGUGCAGUCCAACUGAGAAACAUUAAGGGUGAUGUCACACCAAGCCAGACACGAACGGACAAAAUGCCCGCUCCGACCGUGUGGCAAGACUUUAGCAUUGGAUUUUAUGUCACACCAGACGCAUCCAUGCAUUUUGUACAUGCGCAGUGCAUUUUUCGUCCAAUUUUAUCGUGUCCGGCCUGGUGUGACAUCACCCUUAUGCAAUCCUUAUUUCAUUUAAUGUCAUAAUUCAUAAUACGACAUUGAUGCUGUUUGGAAACUAUUGACUGUUAUUGAUUGUGAAAUGAGUUGAAUAUUUUCUAAAUUAAUUUAGGCUACAUUAUUUUGUAUUUUUUGUGAUAAUUACAUGGUCAUGGAAUAAAAGUGUUAUUUUGUUUCUAAACAAUUUUUUUAUCUCUAUUUAAAAUUGUAUUACUUUAUAUCAUGUUGUAGACUUGUCUUUGU